AUGCAAACCAAGAAAAAAGCCUCCAGGCGUAAUGGUAGCCGAGAGUGCGUUUCUCCUAGGGCUCCAAGAGCGCAGAAGAAGGUCUCUGAAAAUGGCCAGGUGGUUGAAAAAAAAGUGGCGGAUUUAAUUACAUCUUCUGCAAGAAAGAUUAAACCUGCUUGCGGUUUUGAGAAUAAAGCUAUAGAACCAAUGCCCAUAACUCUUUUGGAUAACGAGAACAACACUGUGGGCAAGGGAAUUUCCAAUACUAAUCUGGGAAAUGAAGCAGUUGACGGUGCUUCAGUAGAUUUUGAGGGUUGUAACAAGCAAGCUCUGCCUCUGGAGACUGGAACUAUAUUCUCUCCUGGGUUUCACUUAUCUAAAGGUGCUGGAGGAAAGGUUGCUGACAGAGUUGAUUUUGUCCAAAUAUUUCGGUGUGAGGAUCAAAAAAGAAUUUCUCUCGACCAAGUAACACAGUUAUCCCAGGAGGAUGCAGGAGAUGACCAUGUUAGUCAAGAUUUUGACUCUGCCAUGGAAGUAGAUAUAAACAAUUCAUCAAACGUGCUUGCUAUAAGCACACAAACUGUCAAUGGUUGCAGUUCAGAUUUUGAUGGAAAUGGUCUUUCCGUGGAAGUUCCUUCCAUAUAUCUUGCCAUGAAAAACUCAAAGCUGGAAUGUAUUGAUGAGCAUGGUCAGGACUCUGUAUCAUCUGAUAUGUGCCCAGAAGAUGAUGAAUUUGAGGAUUUUGACGAUUUUGACCCUUACCUAUUCAUAAAGACUUUACCAGACUUAUCAAGGGUUGUUCCCACUUUUAGACGAAUGUUGCUACCUAAGCAGACUCGAAGCUGCCCUCCUAUUACUCUUGUUCUGGACUUGGACGAAACUUUGGUGCACUCUACCCUAGAACCUUGCGAGGAUAUAGAUUUUACUUUCACUGUGAAUUUUAACUGUGAGGAGCACAAUGUCUAUGUACGUUGCCGUCCUCACCUAAAAGAUUUCCUUGAGAGAGUUUCUGGUCUUUUUGAAAUUAUUAUAUUUACAGCCAGUCAAAGUAUCUAUGCUGAGCAACUCCUAAAUGUGCUUGAUCCCAAGCGGAAGAUAUUUCGCCAUCGUGUAUUUCGUGAAUCCUGUGUUUAUGUGGAGGGGAAUUACCUCAAAGAUUUAACAGUGCUUGGUCGUGAUUUAGCACAUGUUAUAAUAAUCGACAACUCCCCACAGGCAUUUGGGUUCCAAGUGGACAAUGGAAUACCGAUUGAGAGUUGGUUUGAUGAUCCUUCAGAUAGAGAAUUGCUUUUAUUGCUCCCUUUCUUGGAGAGUUUGGUAGGAGUUGAUGAUGUCCGACCCCAAAUUGCAAAAAAGUUCAAGCUCCGGGAGAAAAUUGCUGCAGCUGCGCAUCCUUUAAAUACAAGUAGAAGAGUUUUCUUGUCUGAAUAA